AUGGAUUAUCCUUCAAAUAUUGUGUUAUUGUUACUGCAAAUAGUUUUGCAGCGUCAACAAACCCUAGCUCAUCGGGACAAAUCGCUUCAUCUGCAGGAGCUGUUAAGGGAGCCCAUUAUCGAUGGUGACAUCCUAAUGGAGUUCAAGAAACAUAAGUUGGUGCAAUUUUAUGGGCCUCAAUAUUGCCAUGAUAUAUCCUUAAGAGGCCUCAAGACAUUGGUGAAGGAUAUUUUCGCAAACGGGAUUCCCAACGUCACACCACAUUCAGAAACAAAUGAACCAGUGACUGUGGUAGCACUGGCCAAUUACUACUAUGUACAAAGGAUCAACGAACUACAAGAGACAGAACUACCUCAAUUGAAAGAGAUAUUGCUCAGAAAGCUGGAGCACAUGACCUAG